AUGGCGUCGACUCUGGGGUGGGCAGCUAUGGAGCUCCUGAAACGUGAAGCAGAGGAUCCCAACUCCGAUGAGGAACCCGAGGCUGGUCAGAAAGAGAUAUUCGCAUCGUGGUCACUUCUCAUCCUGAUAACACUCCUCAUAAUUGCGCUGUUUACAAGCUAUGUCUUACAGACUAGAAAGAUACAGGCAGUACACGAGACAGUUGUAUCCAUAUUUGCUGGCAUGAUUAUUGGUCUCAUUCUCCGACUAACAGCUGUCAAAUUCGUCCUCGGCGCUGUGAGCUUCGACUACCAGUUCUUCUUCAACCUUUUGCUUCCUCCUAUCAUCCUCGCCUCAGGAUAUGAGCUGCAUCAGGGUAAUUUCUUCCGUAAUAUCGGCUCGAUCCUGACUUUUGCUUUUGCUGGCACAUUCAUUUCUGCCCUUGUUCUGGGUGUGAUACUUUGGCUUUGGACCCGGAUACCUUUCGACGGAUUCUCGAUAUCAUUCGUUGAGGCCAUGUCUGUUGGCGCCACCUUGUCUGCAACAGACCCGGUCACAAUUCUAGCCAUCUUCAACACUUACAAAGUCGAUCCGAAGCUUUAUACAAUCAUCUUCGGGGAGUCGAUACUGAACGACGCCAUAGCAAUUGUGCUUUUUGAAACGGCCCAGAAAUACAAGUCUGGCGACAAUGAAGGGAAGACGCUCAACAUAUUCACUGUGUUUGAAAGCAUUGGAAUCUUCUUGGUAGUAUUCUUUGCUAGCCUCGUGAUUGGACUGUUGGUCGGUAUCGCAACAUCGCUCUUACUAAAGUUCACCCAUGUGAGGCGAUUCCCCAAGACUGAAAGCUGUCUUAUCCUACUCAUUGCAUACGCGUGCUAUUUCUUUUCCAAUGCCAUUCAUAUGUCAGGAAUUGUGUCCUUGCUAUUCUGCGGAAUAUGUUUAAAGCACUACGCGUAUCACAACAUGUCCAGGCGCACCCAGCUCACGACAAAAUUCAUAUUCCAGAUUAUGGCGCAAUUAUCGGAGAACUUCAUCUUCAUCUACCUCGGUCUAUCAUUGUUCACCGAGGACACUCUCGAGUACAAACCUCUCUUCAUAUUGAUCACAGUAUUUGGAAUUUGCGCUGCAAGGUGGUGUGCAGUCUUCCCUCUGUCCGCUUUGAUCAAUGCGGCCAUCCGAUAUCGUGCCCGCCGCCGCAAUCAACCAGCUGAGGAGAUCCCUUGGUCCCAUCAGGCCAUGUUGUUUUGGGCUGGACUUCGUGGAGCUGUAGGCGUGGCUUUAGCUGCUGGACUCAGCGGUCCUAAUGGCUCAGCUUUACGCGCCACAGUAUUGGUUGUGGUUGUUCUGACCGUUAUCAUAUUCGGUGGUACUACCGCUCGAAUGCUCGAGAUUCUAGGCAUCCGGACGGGUAUUGUAGAGGAGAUUGAUUCGGACGAUGAAUUCGACAUCGAGGUCGUCCAAUCAGGCACGUACGUUCGGAAGGCUGGAAACGGUAUUGGUAACGUUCCUCGGGGGUCAAAUGGAUUUGCGCUAUCACAGGUUGGGUCCGGCGGCGACCGACACAUCAGCAGCAGCGGCGCCCAUCGUCCAAAUGGCGCUUCUCGUCGUAAUUCGAGCCGUACUAGUCUUAGAGACGGCGCUGAACAGGGGCUGUUGCAUCCAAGUGACAGCGGUAGCGGCAGCACCGACGACGACGACGCUGACUUGGACUUGCCGCCUUCUGUGCGAAGAUCUCCAAAUCGCAUGGCAUCGCCACUGCACGAUGCCGAAAGCACACCAUACCCAACGUCUGGUAAGACUACAGCCGCUACUAGCGAGCCCUCGAGACUUGCUACUGCAUCUGGAGCCAUUCGUGAUCUUUUCCAUGGUAUCAGCGAAGAUCCUGCGGCUGCUUUCAGACAAAUCGAUGAAGGUUUCAUCAAACCAAAUUUGUUACUGGACCCGAACAAUGGUAAAGGACCAGGGGCCGUCUAA